AUGGGCUCUGCGACCGCCGCCGCCCCCCGGACUCCCUGGAUGCGGCGAACAUGCGGCCUGAACGCAAACAAGGUGGGCUUCCUUUUGGGAGCAUCUGGCAUGCUGAUCCUUACAUGCUGCGCGGGAAUGCCCUCCUCACACCCUGGAGGGAGAGAUGCACAACCGGAGGACAGUGAUUCCUCGGACCCUCCGCUCGCUCCUCCGGAGCUGCCGAGUGAAGAGGACCUGCCCAUGCAUGUCUUCGGCCUGCAGCAGGACGCUUUCAGCACUCAAUCUACGAGUGGUGACCAUGACAAGGAAGCAAUGCCGACCUACCCCGACCAUGAUCGAGAUCACAAUCCAGCACUACAUGAUGGAGAAGUCGCCAACCUGCCGGUUUUGCGCCGCGGGGUCCCCCCUCGGCGAGCAAUGAUAUUCUUCUACCACAACAAGCACCUCCCCAACAACACCCUGAACACGAUCAAGCACUACCGCAACGGCAUCCUGCUCAACAUCACGAUCCUCGACUACAUGAUCCACGCCAAGAACCAGCGCUUUCUGCACAACUUCACCAAGAACAACCAUUUGACACUCUCCAGGGAAAGGACCCGCCGCUCGAUCUACCUCUACCCCACCCACGACAAGGUGCUGAACAAUUUCCCCGAGGAGCUCAACCAAGUGCCCUACGACAUGGCUUUGCCAGGGGUUUCCCUCUACCCUACUCGGCCGACACCGACCCGUGGCACAACGACGGCUAUAUCACCACACAGGAACUGGGAUAUCUUCCAGAAGGACACGACCCUCCUUUACCGUUGGAGCAAGCACAACAACCUGUUGCAGCCUCGACGACACCACCUGAACUACCUCCAGAACGACAAUCACCCACAAUGGACCCCUGGAACUUUGUGGCCAGACGCUACGCGAGUGAAGGGCCCAUCCUCCCACCGCACCUGUGGUCGCACAAUCCAUUGGGACUACAUGCACUACCCCAUCCUGACCAUCAACAACCUCCAACAGCUGACAUCGAAGAUGGCGCCACCGACAACUUUGACAACGCCGAGCCCACUGCACACCAAGGUACUGUCGCAGCUGCAGAAGCUCAUCAAGCCGCUGGGGACGCAAGCCACAACGACCAUACCAACCCCGACGACAACAGUGACGAUGGCUCAUCCGGAACAAGUUCCAGCUCAAGCUCCAGUGGGGACGAACCCCAACGUGAUCCUGGCCUACCUCCCAAGCGACGCGCAGGACAUGGUUCGAAAGCCAACACAGCAGCUGCAGAGGACCACAAGCGCCGCCAGGCUUCCAAUCCCUAUCUACAGCCUCCCGACCAACGCCCAACAGCUACCGCAUCGACUUCUUCCUCUUCGCGUGAAGUACAACCCUCACCAAACCAUCUUCAACGAGAUGACGACAGAAGGGAAAUUGGCCAAUAGCUCCCACACGCAGCUGCGUAUCGACGGUGUGCACCGCAACCCCAUCAUCUUGGUGGACAACAGACCUGCUUCUUUGCACCAGGACACGGCGGACUACAUCGACAUGUACCACAACCGAGAACAUCUAGGGCCAGGGCAAAUGCAAGGAGCACCUCUCUUCUAUCCACCACCUCCCUUGAAGAGGAAUGCCAGCUCGAGUGCCAGUUCAAGCUCCGAGCCACCGGGACAACGCGCCGACUCCCGCACCGCUACGCCAGCCAACAUCUCCGACCUCGAGGACCAGACUGACCCUUACACCAGUGGGACCCUGGAUCGCUACGACCAGAAUAGAGCUUGGCUUCGCAAGAACACCGAGAACGACGUGAACCCACCGGACCUCUUCAACGGCAACAACGAUCGAGCACCUCCGGCCGACCACGAGCUCCACCAACUCCACUUGAACUUCCUGAAGACCCUCGCCAACGUCCAGAGCGACCACAGCCACGACCUCAUGCACGACCGGCGUGCGCCAGGCUUCACCGUCUUCGGCAACUUCUCACAACGUCAACGAGACCUUCGACCACUAUGCCGAACACCAUGCAAGAACCGUGCCACAACCCUCUUGCAGAAGUACAAGUACACCUUCGGCAGUUCCUGCACAACCUUCAUACUCUACCCCUACGAGCACAACGACGACACGCUGACCGGCUCCGCGAAAUCCUGGUCUCAAAACUUCAAUGGCGCGCAAGCCACCUUUCUCGACUUAGCCAUCGAAGAAGGGGGCAUGGCUACAAUCCAAGAGGCGGCGGAAACCCUGUUGGCAACGAUUGACCGCACCGCCUCCUACAUGGUAUUGCGUGCACAGCAAAUCAUCGAGCAGGUUAUGCCCUUCCUCGAGCAAGAGACCGCAGUUGCUCUGGCAGAAGCUCACCACUUAUUGUUCUCGUGGACAGCUGCACUAUGGGGUUCUCCCAUUUACCUCGUCGACCACAACAUUGAGGAGACGGUGGAACCCAAUGCUGCCAGGAACAACACCAACAAUGAUGAAGCGCAGGCUGAGGGAUCGGCCUCGGACGCGCCAACGCAAGCUUUCAGGUCUCGCAGUCCGAGACCGCGUGUGCCACCUAGAGGAGGGCCACCAGCCUUGGCGCGAGCAUCGUCCCACCGACGCAGACGACUACAUGCUGCCUUCUAUGGCACUCCUGAAAGUGAUCACGAAGCUGAAGAUGCACAGGACUGA